UUGAUAUUCCAACCACGUGGAGUGUUCUUCUUGAGGAGGGCGUGGCCAGACUACCCCCCCCCUGAAAGAUGUCUCGCUCAAGUGGUGCUACAGCUAGCAGCUCCAAGGAUCACCACCAUCAUCAUCAUCACACCGUCUCCCCGGCUGUACUGGGCGAGUGUGGAUAUUGUGGACACACGAUAGUCGCCAAGAAGCACAAGUUCCUGCCAUUGGAGUGCACCAACUGCAGGGGAGUGUACCAUGUCUCCUGUCUCAGAGGGAAGAAGCCACAGACUCUAUUAGGAGAUCAACUGUUCAAGUUCUCUUGUGCCUAUUGCAGUUCCAUGGGAGCAGAGAUAUGUAGCCGACCCUACCUUCACUGGGUCCACAUCACUCAUCUUGUGCUGUAUAAUCUCAUUGUUGGUCGGAAGUCCCCUCAAGGACGUGUGGGGCGUGACAAGAGGGAGUACUUCCGUUGGAAUGAGGAUAUCUGUGGUUUCAUGCGAACUCAUUGGAACAAGCUCAUGCCUGACCGGAAGAGGACCCAGUCCUGGAGGAGCACAGUAGCCGGCACUCUGUCCGUCAACUGCCCAUCCGUAUUCAAAUCAGGACAAUCGCUAUUUGGUGAGCCUGGUUGGUGGACUCUGACCUCUGUGUCUCCGCCCAACCCUCGUCAAGCCAUCACGUCGUCACCACCAGCACUCGGAAAGCGCUCUACACCUCUCACACUCUCUCCUCCACCCCCACACAAACGCUCGGGCCCCCUCACAUUGUCACCGCCCCCUCCACACAAGCACACCCCUCCAUUCUCACCGCCCCCACACCGGAAAUCUACAUCUUCCCUGUUCUCCCCACCGCCCACGAAGCGAAGCACACCUCUCACACUCUCACCCCCGCCCCCUCCACAGAAGCGAUACAAACGAUCCUCCCUAUCCACCACACCCAUACCCUCCCCCAGCCCGCCCCCUCCUGAAAUAACCCCCAAAGGACCCACUCGUAUCCUUAAGGCAAUGAGCACGAGACAAGAGUUGAUCCUACGGACCCACUUGGAGGGACAUAAAGAUGCUGUGUCACAGUGCCCUAAAGCCGCCAGGUUACUACGCAAGCUGAAGGUCAAGGAGCUGCAGAGACGUUAUGGACAUGCUAUAUUCGAUCUCGACAAAACGGUUACCACGGCAAUAGACCAGACGAUCAAGUAUGUGGUGGACGGAUCGAAACCUUACUAUGAGCAAGUUGUACCUGUGAAGAAAUUGACCUCUGACCUUUCCUACGGGCGUCUACAGCCAACGAAAGCUAAACCAGAUGUGAAUUGUGGGGAAGAUAUUCUGAAAAGGAUCAGUAUUAUAUCCCACCCCCUACCUCAUGUGCACACUUCCUUUAGAGAGAGUUUAAAUGGCCACAGUUAUUCUCACAAGAAAUUGAUCAGUCCUUAUACUACGAGGAAGCUCAAGCCGUUUAUAUUCCGUACCAACGACCUUCGACCUUUGAGGGUUCGUCUUAACAAGGAGAUUUGCAAGGGCUCAGAGUACAAAGUCCAGUCUUUUGAUUUUGUCUAUCUACAGAAGCAUUUGAUUAAGGCUGUCAACAAUUUUGUGUCCACUUUUUUCUGGAUGGUUGAUCUUUCCGAGUACCUCCAGUAUCCUGACUUCUCGUGUGUUGUACUGUACGGUAACCUAGUGGUCGGUUGUGCCUUCAUGACUCCAGAUGUCAAAGUCAACGAAGCUUAUAUUUCAUUUCUAGCAGUUCACCCUGAGUUUCAGCGAUCUAGUAUUGGCAAGUUGAUGCUUUAUCAUCUUGUGCAGACGUGUAUGGGCAAGGAUGUCACACUGCACGUGUCCGUGGAUAAUCCUGCCAUGUUCUUAUACCACAAGUUUGGGUUCAAGGCCGAGAAGUAUUGUCUGGAUUUCUAUGAACAUUAUUAUCCGAGUAAUCAUCAUCUCUCCAAACAUGCUUACUUCAUGAGACUCAAGAGAUGAACUAUAAGACACUGUAUAUAAUUAUUAUAGUGAACAAAAUGAUAGUAGUACAUGUAUAAUUCUGUGCAAUUAUUUUAUUUUAUAAAAAAAAAGCAUUUGCCUGAA